UUUGAUUUCCCCAUUUCCUAUAAAACUUUUGAAAUUCAGAAGAUGCCAACGAAACUACUGUCUUCAAGUUACUAUGCCUGAUCACGUGUCACCUGUCAACCAAUCAGCAACCUUGAUGAUCGUGGCGCUGUUAGCCUUCGGCCUACGACCAAGCUUCAGCUCAUGCGAGUCGAGAUGCGAACAGUCUAUUCCUUCUCUGAGUAAACUACGAGCACUGUGGACGAGAUCUUUUAAACGAGUCGGAGAGAACCGGAUAUCGUUUGAGCAGUUCUUGUUGUCUCUCGUACAAGCCUCCGAUUACGACGAUUGGAAUAUAAGGCGACUGAGGGGAUCGAUACUGAAGAUCAUCGGUCGAUACCAGGACUGCGUCAUGGCCUGUGAACAUCAGUUUAGCAAGAGGGACAGCCAGGACAUCGACAGGACCAGGACACUGGAAGCAUUGCCGAAGUCUACUCUACCAAGUGCUCAGCUCCGCCUGCGUCACUUCCUGUUCUCGCGGACUCUCGUGUUCUCUACGAUUGCCAGACAAAUUAGUCACGUGACUCGAGAUUAGACGCAGCCCCUUUGUCCCAACAUCGAGGCCGGAUGAGGGCGCCGUCUCGAGCAGCCGGGAAGGAGGAACUCUGAUGGCGCCGAUGAGCACCUUGAUGGGGACAGAGUCGGGCGCCAAUAAACUGUCUCCCCUUUGUU